UCUCUGAGUUGAAAUGGAAGGGCUGCUCAAGGCACUUCUUGUUCUUUGCUUUAUAGCUACAUGCAAUGGAUCAUGCUCAGAUCUUGAUCUUGGGAAUACUGGCUGCUGCACUUUAUUUGAUUGUCAAAGCUCUACAGAUCACUGCUACUGUGACCAGUCAUGCUAUACCUACAAUGACUGCUGUCCUGAUAUUACAGAGAUUGGCUGUUAUCCUUAUCAAACUACAAAAUGUAAUGACACUGAUAUUCGUCUUGUUGGUGGAUCUAAUGCUAAUGAAGGAAGAGUUGAAGUGUGUGUUAAUGGAACAUGGGGUACUGUCUGUGAUGAUGACUGGGACAAUGAUGAU